GAAGAGAGAACGGAGGAGGGAGAGAGCGAGAGCGAGAGAGAGAGAGAAAGGAGCAGAUAGGCGGGGGAAGAUCCAUUUGAAGGCGACAUCACGUGUACUUGUGGAGAAGAAUUUCUUUCGAUGCUUGGAUAAGUUGCAGAGAGUAACUGAUAAGGCUUCUCUGUGGUGGGACUUUGGAGGAUAGAGUUGUUUCUUCCCUGAGUGAGGACGGAUACCUUCAAUUGAGCAAAGAUGAUGAUGGUUUCAACACUUGAUGCUAUAAAGGGUGGAGCUGGAGGAGGCUCUGUUAGGAUAGGGGCCACUGGGACUAUCAGUUCCUUGAUGGGCAGGGAAUUGGCUUCUGUUAAAAGGUCACCACAAUCACCAAAAUCAUCUCUAAGAAAAUCCCCAACAAUCCCAGUCUCUGUUCCUUGUGUUUCUAGGACUAAAAGGCAAUCAAGAACUGUAGUGGAUGAAGCAAGCACUAGAGGCAGCAGCAGUAACCAUGGAGGCCCUGGAAGUACUCGAAAAGCAAGAUCAAGUAUCCGAAACAAGGCACACAGUGUCCCAAUGCUUGGAUCUGAUGAUAUUGUUAUUGAUAAUAGUCAUAACAGAAAGAAAACUGAUAAGAAAGGAUCUUACAUUGUGGAAGUUGUUGAUCUAAAAUGUGGAAGCCAUGAGAGAGCAUGGUCCAACUCAAUCACCCACCAGUUCCGGAAGCUCUCUUUCUCGAAGCUUUCUCAGAGCUUUAGUUAGAGCUUGAAAAUUUUCACAUCAGUCUUCAGGUUUCUGUAAAGAGAAGCUAGGAACUCCAUUGGGUUGAUUACUAUCAGCAACCUCCACUAGAGAACAGAUGCUGGGUAGAACCCUGCUGCCAGUUGUGCCCUCUUUCUUCUU